AUGAGCAAACCCUUGAGCCAACCUGGCUCCAUCGCUUUAAUCUACGGCCCUAUGUAUUCUGGAAAAACGACAGAGUUGCUGCGACUCGUCCAAAGGCAAGAACUCGCCGGGAAGCGCUGCGUACUGAUCAAGUACAAGGCCGACACGCGCUACGAUGAUGAGAGCGUCAUCACGCAUGACUCGAAAAAAGGGAGCUGUCAAACGUACAAGGCAGAUCGGCUGGCAGACGUCGCCCCUCGGAUUUUCAGUCCCGAUGUGGAUGUGAUCGGGAUCGACGAGGGACAAUUUUACCCUGACCUUGCCGAAACCUCGGAACGGUUGGCGAAGAACGGCAAGAUCGUCAUCGUCGCGGCACUGAAUGCUCGUUUCGAUCGAAAGCCAUUCGAGCAAGUGUCGCUACUCAUCGCAUACGCCAACGAGCACCAUUUUCUGACUGCCGUUUGCGAUUGCGGCGUUGAUGCGACGUUUACUUUCCGAGAGGCCAGCGACGUUGAGGAAGUCCUCAUUGGCGGCAAGAAGGAAUAUUCGGCGUGUUGUCGCAUGUGCUACUACAGAAAGGAGAAAGCCAUGCACGAUGCGGAAAAUAUCGAGCUCCCCGGCACCAAGCCAGCAAAGAAACCGCGCCUUUCCAACCAACUCUCCCCGUUCAAGCCAGAUUUUGCCAGCAAAAGCCCGGUCCCCGCUAAC